UUUUUUUCUCGAUUUGACUCGAUUUAUCGGUUUAGUACGGUUUGUCGGUUUACUUUGUACACCCCCUACUUCUAACAUAAGCGUAAAAAACUUAGUCAAAAUAUUGUCAUAUUUGCACUUUCUUCUGAACUGUAAAAAAAAAAAAAAAAAAAAAAGUACAAACCAAGACCAAGAAAACGCUAAAUUUUAGAAUAAUAAAGAAAAUUGAGAACCCUUAAAAUCUAACAGACGAUCUCUAAAGUCACUCUAGCCAUAAACAUACAAAUGUGGUUCAAAUUAUCCGAGUUAGAAAAUUCUUCAAAAAUAUCCCAAGACACACCUAUAUAUAUCCCCCUCUUCUCAACCACAUUCAAAUCACCAAAGCAACAAAAUAAUCAAACACAAACAUAAAAAAUAAACUUUUCUUUUAAAUAAAAACAAAUUCAGAAAUGGAGAUGAAGAAGAUUGCUUGUGUCACCCUAAUUGCUGCUGCAUCAAUGAGUGCAGCUAUGGCUCAAAUAUUGCCCCCAAGCUCCGCCCCAGCUCCUGCCCCUUCAAGUGAUGCCACUGCUUCAUUGCCCCAUGUGGCAACUUUGGCCGGUGCUACUUUAUUGUCCUUCUUUGCUUAUUACAUGCACUAAAUAUAUCAUAUGAAAAGAAAAAGAAAAAAGGGAUGAGAAUUGAAGGAGAUUAUUACAGGUCUUAGGGCAGGCAAAAAAAAAAAAAAAAGAAGAAGAUAUUUUAGACCUAUUGGUCUUUAAUUCCACAUCUUUGUGUAAUACAUAUCAUCACCAACAAAAUAAAAUCAUUAUUUUGUGGUU